UUUUAACACAUCACACUGGAGGGAGAGGGUGAGAUUGGAACCCUGCUAUCUUGCAAGAAGGACUUUGGAGGCUAUUUUAGGAUGAGAGUAUAUUUAGACAAAAAAGCAGGUUGCUCUCUUCCUCAGACGCACGCACAGGGAUUGAUCGAUCAUAAAUACGCAAAGAAGCCUGGAAAUACAAAAAUCGUACACUUACACACGCACAGGUCCCCCCUCUCUGCCUCUCCUCAAACCUAAGCUUCAGUUUGUCUCUAAACCAAACUGCUCCAUUUGUGCUACCGCUGAGUAGAAAUCUCCACCAUCCUCUCCUCCUGAGCUGCUGCGCCAUCUAAAACCCUCUCCAAGUUUUCUGCGCCUAAGUUGGAGAGAUUUCAGCCUCUGUGAGAUUAAUGAGCUGAGAGUGUAAACAGCAUUGUGUUUUUUUCCCCUGAAGGAGACAUAUUGCAAACGGUUCUGGCCAGCUCCGUUCACCCAAUGUUAGCCGUCACUACAUCACCCAGAAGACUGGAAAAAAUGUCCGAGAGAUGCUCUAUUGUUUGCGCGCAUCAGCGGGCCGGGACGCUCCGACCCGUCGCCCACACGGCGCACAUGGCGACCGGCCGCUGUGUCGCUUUUUUCUCCCCACAUUAUACCCCCCGUAAAGACUAAACAAUAGCAGCUAUCCCCUGAUAUAGCCCCUGUUUGCCACAGCUAUUUGGUGGAAAAAUAAUAAUGCUGCUUCCCACAGCCACCACCGCCGCCAGGCCCGGGCCCCCAAUUGGCUGUUUUGGGUCACAUGACCAGGAAUUGGCUGCAAUUUCGCCCCAUAGUUCUUCAGUUUAGCCUACCCAGGUCCCCAUACGCUAGUAAUAUCACCAAUAUACACAAUUAUUAUAUAGCCACCGCAUUUACGCCAUUGCGGUCGAGAGCCUACAUGCUCGUGCGUUUUUUCAUUUCGUUUUAUUUUUUUAGGGGGGCAUAUUGUGUUGUGUGCGUGUGCGAGCGUGCGUGCGUGCAUGUGUUUUGUUUUUUUUAUUUUGGGGAAGGGAUUGUUCGGGGGUCUCGCCGUUUGAGGCUGAAACCGGUCUGAGGGAGCUAUGAAUUUUGAAUUUGAGAGGGAGAUCGGUUUUAUAAACAGCCAGCCGUCCCUAGCAGAGUGCCUGACGUCCUUCCCCGCCGUCCUGGAGUCAUUUCAAACUUCAUCAAUCAAGGAGUCGACAGUAAUUCCGCCUCCCUUCGAGCACACCAUCCCCAGCCUCAGCCCCUGCACAGCCAGCCAGCCGAGAUCGGCUACUAGGAGCCAGCAGAACCGGAGAACCUCCGCCACUAAUGGCCUCCAGACGCACCACCGAGCCGCCCAGCAGCCCUGCCCGCCCGGCCAGGCCCCUGCCCCGGUCACGGCCACCUCGGCCGGUCCGCUGGCCCACGAGUUCCCCUGGAUGAAGGAGAAGAAGUCAUCCAAGAAGUGCCCCAAGCCUGGGAACAGCUCGAGCGGUGGCGGAUCCAUCAUCCCCCCCGCCUCAUCCUCCCCGUCGCCAACCGCCUCUGGGUACGCUUCGGCGGGCAUCGAGUCACCCACAGAUCCGAGCCAGGCGGGUCUGGACGCUGGAGGAGCCGGGUCCCGCCGGCUGCGCACCGCCUACACCAACACACAGCUGCUGGAGCUGGAGAAGGAGUUCCACUUCAACAAGUACCUCUGCCGGCCCAGGAGGGUGGAGAUCGCCGCCCUCUUGGAUCUGACCGAGCGGCAGGUCAAAGUCUGGUUCCAGAACCGGCGGAUGAAACACAAGCGGCAGACCACGCACCACCGGGACGGCAGCGGAGGAGGCCACGAGUCCAGCGACCCUGGCGGGUUCGAGCCGCUCGAAGGCGCCGACGCCUCCUCUCCGUACUCAAGCCAGCCGCUGGAAGCAUCUGGCACCGGGGAGGCUGCAGCAGAGGGAGAGCCGGGGGGAGGCAAUCCAUCUUCGGUCGCUGCUUCCACCGCCUACACUAAUGACAGCGGGGACAAUGCACAACCCACGCCGGAGGAGGAAGGCCGUUUGGGCCGUCCCGAACGCCCACCGCUGUCCGGGGCUCCUGCUUCCUCGGACUCCCACCACUCUCCGCCGGCCUUCACCGCGACGAACUCCGCGGACACCCCGGGCCUGAUGCAGCUGAGCGAGGCCGGGCCCGCCGCAGCAGCCGCCGCCGCGUCCGAGGCGUCAUUCCCAGUGCAGCGGAACUCCUCCAUCACACCCACCGCCUCCUCUGCUCCUCCUGUCGCUCCCUCUUCAUCUUCAUCGGCGCUCUCCGACCUGACCUUCUUCGCCGGGGACGCCUGCCUGUCCCCCAGCCUCCAGAGCUCCCUGGACAGCCCGGUGGAUUUCUCCGAGGAGGACUUCGACCUGUUCACAAGCACACUGUGCACCAUAGACCUGCAGCACCUCAACUUCUGAGGCCGGCUGCUUCCAGACAGACUAAAACCGGAGAAAUGAAGUGUGUGGACCGGCCUGUGGAUGAACAAUCGAGCGGAGCAGACAAAAGGACUCUGUUGUUAAAAAAGCAGAAAAGCUUCUCGGCAACAUUCCUGAAACAUUUCUGAAUGAAAAUUCUGUUCAUUUUUAAAUAUAUAUUUUUUUUUCUUGCUGGUUUCGUUUUGAGGCUAUAAUGUAGUUUAAGAGAGAUGCAGUUAUUAUUUUUUAAUUUUAAAAAGCAAAAAGGAAUAGUUUUUUUCCUCGAUCGAAACGUUGUGGAUUUUUUUAAUCUCACCUUGUCCAAAUUUUCAGGUAUUUAUUGCCUUUCUUGUUUUUUGAUCACUUCUUUUUCCUUUUUGGUAAAACCCUAAAUCCUUAUCAGUGUGUGUGGAUUUGUUUCCUCUUGUCCGUUCUGGUGCAGCUUCGUGGAUCCUUCAUAACUUCUCAGGAACUGUUCACAGAGUCACGGUGCAGAAAAAAGCUGGACUGUUUUCAGAAAAGCUAAACUGAAGAAUGAAUUCAUUCUCUCUCUGAGCGACACAAGACGAGAGGGAAGCCCUGCUGACGACCCGAGGUUUAGACCUACUUUAUUUAUUCAGAUUCUUUAAUAGUGAAAAUCCAAAUUAUUUAUUGUACAUAUAUUUUCAUAGUGGAAUAAUAAUAAUAACAAUAAUAAAAACACACAAACAUUUA